UGUAUGUUCUGGUUGGAGAAGAAAAAGGCACUCUUUGGUUCAAUCGCUCUUUUCGCUCCCUUCACAGAAACAAAAUAGAGGAAAAAAGGAAAAGAAAAGAAAACAAGAAAAAGAGAGAGAGAGAGAGAGAAAGCCACCAUUGCUGUAGGAUUUCACAUUCUUUGAUUCUUUCUGGUAGAAAAAACACAUUUUUUUCUCAUCUAAGCUGUUCAUGAUUUCCCUCAAAACGAUUACCAAAUCCAUGAGGUCAUUCAUAUAUCAAUCACUUUUAUCUUACAAUAGCAUGUGAAGGUGAAAAUAAUCGACCCAUAUCGCAGAAGAUAAGAAACAAGAUGAGCAAAGAACAAAGCGGUGUUAUAAAGGCAUGGGAGGCAACUAUACGAAAGACUCAGGCUGCCAAGAGAAGAGCAAACAGCAUCUUCGGCAGCGUCACUGUAGCCCAUGCAGAUGAUGAAAAUGAAGAUGAUCAUGAUCAUAACAAUGGAGCUCAAGAACCUUACCACGCAGAGAAAAUCUUAUCUAAUGGAGAUUACUAUACUGGCCAAUGGUAUGAUAAUUUCCCUUGUGGACAUGGUAAAUAUCUAUGGACAGAUGGGUGCAUGUACGUAGGUGAGUGGAAUAAAGGAAAAACAAUGGGAAGAGGGAAGUUCAGUUGGCCAUCAGGAGCUAGUUAUGAAGGAGAGUUCAGAACUGGGUUUAUGGAUGGAAAUGGUAUAUACACAGGGCCUAGUGGUGAUACAUAUAAAGGCCAAUGGGUUAUGAACCAGAAACAUGGCCAUGGAAUAAAGAGUUUCGCCAACGGAGAUGUGUAUGACGGCGAAUGGCGCCGUGGAUUCCAGGACGGACAUGGAAAAUAUCUGUGGACGAACGGUAACCAGUACGUCGGUAACUGGAAGAACGGCAUGAUCUGUGGUAAAGGGACUUUUGUAUGGAGCAAUGGGAAUAGAUAUGAUGGGUAUUGGGAAGAUGGUGUGCCAAAAGGAAAUGGAACAUUGAAAUGGCCAGAUGGAAGCUUUUACGUAGGGAAUUGGAGCAAAGAUCCUAGUCAACAAAAUGGGUCUUAUUUUCCUUCAGGAUCACCCACAGACCAGAAUCUUGGUUGGAAUCCUCAAGAUGUGUACACCAUUCAUUUAUCUGAUUCGAAGAUUUGUCCUAGUGAGAAAGUCUCAAUCUUGCCUUCACAGAAGAGGCUUGCAGUGUGGAAUUCAACAAAAAGUGGUGGGGAGAGGCUUAGGAGGAUGUCUGUUGAUGGGAGAGUAAGUGUUGGUGAAGAAAGGCCAUAUGAUAGGAUGCAUUUGUGGGAACCAGAUGAUGUUGAUGCAAGUGAUAGGAAUCCAACGGUUGGGAAACCUUUUGAAGCUGAUUUGCUUGGUUUACAUCUGGAUGAAGGGUUUCCAAAAAGGCUUCCAAUGAAGGUACCAAAAGUUGUGAAGAGACAAGGAGAGACAAUAUGCAAAGGGCAUAAGAAUUAUGAGCUUAUGCUCAAUUUGCAACUUGGGAUCAGGCAUUCUGUUGGAAGACCAGCUCCAGUUGCAUCCCUUGAUUUGAAGGCCUCAGCUUUUGACCCCAAGGAGAAAGUAUGGACAAGGUUUCCUCCAGAAGGAACUAAGUGUACUCCACCUCACCAGUCUUCUGAAUUUAAAUGGAAGGACUACUGCCCUUUGGUUUUCAGAACUCUAAGAAAGCUGUUCAAGGUGGACCCAGCUGAUUACAUGUUAUCUAUAUGUGGGAACGAUGCACUUCGUGAACUUUCUUCUCCUGGAAAAAGUGGUAGCUUCUUUUACUUAACCAAUGAUGAUCGCUAUAUGAUAAAGACAGUGAAGAAAGCAGAAGUUAAAAUGCUUAUAAGGAUGCUUGCUGCCUAUUACAACCAUGUUAGAGCCUUUGAGAACACUUUAGUUACCAAAUUUUUUGGUCUGCACUGUGUGAAGUUAACUGGCCCUACUCAGAAGAAGGUACGAUUCAUCAUUAUGGGGAAUCUCUUUUGUUCUGAGUACACCAUCCAUAGACGUUUCGACUUGAAAGGAUCUUCACUCGGUCGAAUAACAGACAAGCCUGAGUCAGAGAUUGAAUCAACAACUAUUCUUAAAGACUUAGAUCUAAAUUUCAUAUUCAGACUACAGAAAACAUGGUUUCAAGAGUUCUGCAGGCAAGUAGAUAGAGAUUGUGAAUUUCUUGAACAGGAAAGGAUUAUGGACUACAGCUUGCUAGUGGGUCUUCACUUCAGAGAAGUAUCAAAUAGUGGGGAACUGAUACCUUCAUGUCGGAAUAAUUCUUCAGGUUAUAUUUCAUUCUUUCUUGCAUAUGUGCACUUGAUCAUAUUCGAUCAUAUAUAGCUGAACAAGCAAGAAACUAGUAAGUUUUCACCUGCAGGUGAGAAUGAGAAUGAUCAUUCAGGUCCGCGCCUUUCAAGAGCUGAUAUGGAUCAUCUUCUUCUAGACCCAGCCAGGUGGGCUCGAAUUAAAUUGGGCAUAAACAUGCCAGCUCGAGUGGAAAGAACUAUAAGAAGAAAUGAUUAUGAACUUCAACUUGUAGGAGAACCGACAGGAGAGUACUAUGAAGUAAUAAUGUUUUUUGGUAUUAUAGACAUACUUCAAGACUACGAUAUUAGCAAGAAGCUCGAGCAUGCCUAUAAAUCCAUUCAUUAUGAUCCUAGUUCAAUAUCAGCCGUUGAUCCUAAGCAAUAUUCAAGACGCUUUCGUGACUUUAUAUUCAAGAUUUUUACCGAAGAAACUUGAUCUUCUGCCAACCAGAGGGAAACUAAAGUUCUUCAUGCAAAAUUUGUUUGCUUUAACUUGAAUGUCAUAGAGCUCUAUGAAUAUAUGUUGGUAGAGGGAUAGUUAAUAUAUAUUUUAGCCAGAGAG